GUGAUUGACCAUUGACCAAUCACUCAAACUUGACGAGGUCUCUUCACCUUCACUUGACUUGCUUUGCUAAACCUUCACUCCACUCGCUGGCAGUCAAACCUGAAAUCUCUUCACUCCUCAACCGAAAAAAAGGCCCUUCACCAUCAACCGGAUAUCAUGUGCUUUGGUCGCUGAUCUACCCCCACAAUCUUUUGAGCUGUCAAUCUUUUCCUUCCCUACUCAUUCUAGCAGUGAACCCUCCUCCACAUCGUACUUAUCUUUACCAUUUACGAACUCGCUCUUCCUUUGCUGUCGACAGAUUGCCUCCAACACCACAUCCUCAACAACCAUCAGGUCCCGUCACGAUGCGGCUCAAGGCCAUCGUGCUCGCCGCUUUGGCUUCAGUCACCAGUGCGGCAUACUGGAUGGAGGAAAUUCAGCACCAGGGUGUCGCCUCCUUCAACCCCGACAAAUCCUACCACGUCUUCCGCAACGUCAAGGACUAUGGCGCCAAGGGAGACGGCGUCACUGACGACACCAUCGCCAUCAACAACGCCAUCAGCUCCGGCAACCGUUGCGGCGGCGGUCCCUUCUGCAACGGAACCACCACUACCCCUGCGGUCGUCUACUUCCCUGCCGGCACCUACCUCGUCACUACCAACAUCAUCAACUACUACUAUACCCAGAUCAUUGGCGAUCCUACCUCCAUGCCUGUCAUCAAGGGAAGCCCCGACUUCCAGUCCUACGGCGGCAUUGGCUUGAUCGACUCGGACCCGUACCUGAACAGCGGCACCCUUCAGUUCAGAGCCACCAAUGUCUUCUUUCGUCAAAUCCGUAACCUCAUCUUUGACACCACCGAUGUCCCGGGUACCGUUGCUGGCCUUCAUUGGCCCUCAUCCCAAGCUACUUCCAUCCAGAACUGCGUCUUCAAGCUAUCCUCCCGACCCGAGGAUGAUCACACCGGCAUCUUCAUAGAAGAAGGGAGCGGUGGUAUGCUGGCGGACCUGGUCUUCUACGGCGGCAAGCAGGGCGCCCAGUUUGGCAAUCAGCAGUACACGAUGCGCAACCUCACCUUCUACGGCUCCAAGACAGCCAUCAUGCAGCUGUGGAACUGGGGUUGGACGUACAAGUCCCUCAACAUCUACGAUUGCGAGGUCGGCAUCAACAUGUCGAGCAACGCCGUUGGCUCCGUCACCCUUUUGGACAGUAGGUUCGUCAACGUUCAGACGGCCAUGACUACCUUUCGUGGGGCCACCAGCAUCAACUCGACAGGCUCUCUUGUCAUUGAGAAUGUGGACUACGUCAAUGUUCCCGUCGUUCUUCAGGGCCCGGAUGGCCCUCUUCUCCUGGGCAAUCCUUCGGGACUGGUCCAUGACGCAGGUUACGCGAGGGGUAACACAUACACCCCCAACGGACCACGCGAGUACGAGGACCGCGAUCGAGCUUACUUCCCUCAACCCACGACCCUCAAGCAAGACGGCAAAUUUUACGAGCGCUCCAAACCUCAGUAUGAAACUCACCCGACUUGGGCCUUUCUCUCCGCCCGAUCCUACGGUGCUGUUGGAGAUGGAGUCACCGAUGAUACUGCAGCCCUGAACCACCUCUUCCAAACUGCUGGUCUUACACUCGGAUCGGUGGCGUACCUCGAUGCGGGAUACUACAAGGUCACCGACACUGUUCAUAUUCCGGGAGGCGUUCGAGUUGUGGGAGAAGCUAUGGCGGCGGUCAUCCUCGGUGCAGGUCCCAAGUUUUCGGAUAUCAACAACCCGCAACCUGUCCUUCAGAUUGGAAAUAUGGGAGAGGCCGGCUACGUGGAGGUCAGCGACAUCAUUGUGUCUACCCAGGGAGGAACGGCAGGUGCCGUCUUGAUUCAAUACAACCUCAAUCCUCCAGCUGGUUCAAGCUCUACCCUCGCCGAAAUGCCCCCUUCUGGUCUAUGGGACGUCCACACACGUAUUGGUGGCUUUGCAGGAUCUAACCUGCAACUCACUGACUGCUCCAAGACUCCCGACGCCGUUGUUCACGCUGAUGUGAAUUGCAUCGCAGCAUGGUUGAGCUUCCACGUCACCAAGAGGGCUGGCAAUCUCUACAUGGAGAACAACUGGUUCUGGGUUGCCGACCACGACAUCGAAGACUUCAACAACACCCAAAUCAGCAUCUUUGCUGGACGUGGUGUCUUGAUUGAAGGCGAACGUGUCUGGCUUGUAGGCACCGCCAGUGAACAUCACACACUCUACCAGUACCAGUUGCUCAAUGCGACCGACGUCUUCAUGGGUCAAGCACAGACUGAGACGCCUUACUACCAGCCCAAUCCCCCUGCUCCGUUGCCUUUCACCAGGAUCGACACCACUCUUGGAGAUCCCGAUUUCCAUACCGACUGCCAAAGCGUCCAAUACGGCGCCAACACGACGAUCAGUUCCGAUGGUUCUCUCACCCUGGGAGGUAACCCAAAAUGUGAAAUGGCAUGGGGUCUCCGCAUCCUUGGUUCACAAAACGUGGUUGUCUUCGGCGCCGGUCUCUACAGCUUCUUCAACAACUACAACGUCGACUGCAGCACUCUUCGCUCCGGUGAAAACUGCCAGGCAAGAAUCUUCUGGGCUGGACCCCUCAACCUCGGCUCUGGCUUUAGCACCAGCGUUCCUCCCAGAGAAGUUGGGGGCGGAAAAUCUGGAAAGUUCAUGAUGAGCAACAAACCGCCAUCCCAUCGGAACAAGACCAGCGAGUCUAGUGGAAAUGCCGCGGACCCCUGGAUCCAGAUCUACAACUUGAACACGGUCGGUAGUGUCAGUAUGAUAACGAGAGACGGCAAGGAUUUGGCGGGUUGGAACCAGAAUUUGGCGACGUUUGCGAACACUCUUGCCUUGUUUCACUACUAGGUGUGAGCUUGACGGGAGUGGUUUGGUAAAGAAGGAAAUGAAGGGACAGACAUCUGGCUAGGACGAUGGACAGUACCAAGGCAUCUGGAUUCGAUCUUUGGAGUCGCUUUAUGACACGGACAUUGUAGGUCGUCUUUGAACUGUACUUUUGCUACCUUUCCCAACAUAGAUUCUUUCACUAUUUUGGUACUUGUAUAGAAUUCUUUUACCCUCAGGCGGGAGAUUGUGAUGUGAUAUCCACCAGUGAGUUUCCUCUCAACCCCGUUGAUGUUGGCAAGACUGAUGAUAGGGCGCC